UUGUGGAAAGAAAAAUGAUCGUUGAGAAGGACAUAAAAGUUCACGAGGUCGCUACAGUUAAGGGAGCUACUGGACGAUGGACUGGUCAUGUUUCACUUAUAGGAACAAAGAUUGAAUGUGAGACGAGACUCAAGUCUUACGAAACGAUGUUAGGUGGAAAUUCUGCAGGCAGCAGUGUUGGGCAGGAGGAACCUGAUUUACAACCAAGGCCUGAGAAAAAGAGAACCGAAGACUGUCGCAAAAGAAACAGAAGCAGAAUCAUGACAUCGGAUUCAGAGCCUGAUGAGGAAGAACACUAUAAUAAUCCAAUGGAAAAUGAUAUGGUGAACGAAACUAAGAAGGUCCGGGAUUUAUUGAAAAAAUGCAAAGCCAAAGAGAGUCAGCCAAGCCAUGCACCAGACAUGCAUGAUUUCAUGGUGGAAAUUGUCGGCAAACUUGAUGCGAUUUCCAAUAAGUUAGACAAAGUUUUGGAAACGUCGUCACACGCGGAAAGGAGGCAGGUUGAUGUAACGCCCAAAAGAAGGAAACUGGAGGAAAUAGACCUGUCUCCAAUCAGUUCGCAUAGUCCCCUGAAUCAGGGCCAUCUCAAUGUUAGUAAGUCAUCGCCAGUUCAAGUAAUGGAAGGAGAAAAUAUUUCACUAACUGACGACUCUGAAUUCGUAAGAUAACAAUAAUUUCCUUUGACAAAAUAACAAUCAUUUCAUUUGACAAAAUAACAAUCAUUUC